UUCUCUCAAAACCUACUUUACAUGCAGCAGCACCACCACCAAACAUGGAAUCAUUUCUAUCGCCAUUAUUUAGCACCCCAUUUACCAAACCCCACAUUCAUUUUUAUAUACAAUUGAUGCCAAUGGCGAUUUUUCCAUAUCCCAAUGAACAUUUUUUUUUUUUGAACUUUUGCCCCCUUCUUGCCGUUGACUGAAUCUACUUCUCUUUAAUUCCUUCCCUUUUUUCCCAUGUAAACUUCUACAUAAAUACAACCAUUUUCCUUCAUUCUUCUUCAUAUCAUCAGUACUAGUGAGUGUGAGGUUCACUCCAUGGCUUUUGCUAACUCUAAUUCUCUGAGUUGGGAUCUUCAAACUCUUGGAGUUUUCAAUGCAGACAUGUCGACUUUAGUGAUGGAUCAUGAAGCUGCUUCAUUCUUCUCUCCUCUUCAUCACUCUACGGAUUUCUCAACUGGGUAUUUGGAAGAUGCCUUGGUCGAAUUCAGUGAGCGAUCCAAAAGAAGAAAAUUGCUUUUGUUUAAUGAUGAAGAUGAAACCAAUGGCUCAAAGGACUUUGAAAUGUCCUACUGGAACUGCAACUGGGGCCUCCAUCAUUCUGAGGAUUAUAGUAAUUGCAUGAGCCAAAUAACUAGCAUUAACGGAGUUUCAGAUGAACUGAUGAGCACAAUGAGUGGAAUCAGUAACGAGGAAGCCAACAUGAUCUCAGAAAUCAAAACUCCGGAAGAGGCAACAUCCUCCUUUGAAGCUCUCGACUCAACAUCUUCCUCCUACAAAGACUCAGUCAAAACGAAGUCCCUUUUUGAUCAUGGAGACGCCCCAUUUUCAAAGAUUCCUUCGUUUGCAGUUGAUGAUGAGAGGAGAAAGAAGAGAGUCAAUGUAACAAGAGUCGUGCAUCCAUUUGCAUUGGUGAAGCCAGGAGGAACCGAAGGCGAUGUGACUCUAAACGAUAUUAAUGAGAGGAUUUUGAUGCGGCCAACAAGGCCAGUGAGGCACCCUGUUGGGGAUUUUGCCUGCAGGCCAUGUGUAUCUGCUGACGGUCCAGGCCUUUCUGGGAAAACUGUGGUAGCCCUUACAAGAAUCCAUACUCAAGGAAGAGGCACAAUUACCAUCAUUAGAACCAAAGGUUAAAUAUAAUUAUUCAGUUAAUGUUGUAAUGUAUAUAUACAAGUUAAAGAAGAGGGUCUGUAUGGUUCACUACUUUUACAUAUUAUGAUAGUUACAGCUUUUUCUUAUUGAA